GGUUUAUCGUAUAACGCUUACGGUUACGCGGGUCGUGAUCGUAUUUUAUGUAUUAUACUUUGAAAUAAAAUGGAAGUUGAUAAAGAAAAUAUAAGGGGAUUGAAAAACAAAACAAAAAUCCCACUACCGUUGUCGCCACUGCCAGCAGUACCACAUAAUUUGCUGAAACGUAAUAACGAAAUAGAAAGACAUCCAUUGAAGACAAUCAAUCGUCAGGAUUCACACAUCGCAGGCACUAGUCAAAGACAUGAUAAAAUAGAUAAAAAUGAAAAGGAGAAAGAAAAAGAAAAGAUAAGAAAUAAAAUGAAUGUUCCUCUAAAUAUGGACACACGAUUCGUUACUAUUCGACAAAAAAAUGAAGACAUGGAUUGGAAUUAUAAUGUUUUUAAAGAUGAAACAGUGAAAGAAAAUAGUAUUAUAGUUAUAAGUGACGACGAAGAAACUAGUUGUGAUGAGAAAUGUAAGAAAAUUCGUUAUUUUUUACAUAAUCGUCAAAAGAAUUGUCUCGGAGACACUAGCAGCGUAGUAACUCCUAAUCCUAAAUCCCCAUUGCUAGAGCCCAAUAGGGUAAGAAACAUAAAAAAAAGUCUCAAAAGACCACAUAGUCGUGAAUUACAAGGCAUCUCCCCGAUAACGAAACAGAGGAAAGGGGAAGAGAAACACAAGAGGCGAUUACAAUUUAACGAGCGCCUUCAAAUUAAACAACAACCAUCAGAAUAUAUUUUAAAGCCUUAUGUAACAUAUUUAGAUCGUGAUCAUGCCACUGAUUUAUUUACUUAUUUGUUAAGUGCUGAAAAGAGAGCAAAUAUACCAAGAAUUAAUAGUCACACUCGCUCUUGUAUCAUCAAUUGGAUAAUUAAAGUUCAUGGCCCUGCAGGUAGUCCUUCCACAGUCCAGUAUGCUCAAUGGUAUUUUGAUUCUAUGCUGGCUAUAGGUCAUAUUCAUAUAGAUCAAAUGCAGCUAUUCGCAGCUGCUUGCUACUGGAUCGCGCAGAAGAUCCACGGCCCUUAUACAUAUGCUAGAAAAUUGGUUAAAUGUUCAAGUCAUGCCUUUUCGUGUGAGAAACUAUUGGCUGCUGAAAAAGCUGUGCUUAUAACCUUGAAAUUUCCUCGCCAUCCAGUAAUACCUCAGGAAUUCAUAUCAUAUCUGUCGUUUUCCUGUGACACAUCACAAGCUGAUGAGAUUGAGGAAGCUGCAACAUUUCUUUACACUGCUGGUAUGAUGGUGGACAAAUAUCUUUGUGAAAUUUGGCCAUCAGUUCUUGCUGCAGCGGCGGUAAGGAACUCUGUCUUACUGCUGAGGAAGAAGGAGGCUAUAGUGAAACUUAAAAUGAAUUCAAUAUAUAAAGAAGCUGAAAAAAAAACUUCAAAUAUAUCAUAUGUCUGUUCGAUUCAAAGGAGAGCAGUUCGUCUUAUUUCUUCUCCAUGUUACGAAUAUAAAGCACUCUUGGUGCGCUAUGGUGGUCCCCCGAAUAAUGUGGCUCAGAAAAUUGUUGCUUCUAUAAAUGAAUUUGCAGCUUUAGACGCCAGAAUGAGAAUCGAAUUUGCACCAUAAUCUAUUUUUUUUUUUCUUUCUCUAAUCAUUUCUACAAAAGUUAAGACCAAUCUAAUGUUGCUUAUUGUUUACUUAAAUUUUUAUUAUAACUUUCACAAUAUUAAAGCUAUUUAAACCCCGGGCAAAUAAUUUUGAUACCGUGAAAGAGCACAUUUAAAGGGUUUAUUUUUUUACCUGCCACAGAUAUUGUUAAUUAAUUUGUAAUACUUAUCGAAUUGUAAAUAGUACAUUGAACGAGUAGACUGAUACAAACGUGACAUUUUAUUACUUUAUACUUAUUUCGAACUGAAUAAUUUAGGAUAGAUACAUGAAAUGUGAAUUAUAAUAAAU